AAGGGAGGGGUCCCCAUGUGCCCAGCCCCUCCGCCCCAGAGGAGGCUGCAUUGUGUCUGGUCGCUCCCCCAGGAGGUGGAGCAGUUCAUGCACCGGACGGGCACCAUUAACAGCAUGGAGAGCAGCCACUCGGUCCCCAGCAUGUCCAUCAGCGCCAGCAGCCAGAGCAGCAGCGUCAACAGCCUGGCGGACGCCUCCGAUGAGGACGAGGGAGCGGAGAUCGCCAUGAUGCAGGAGGGGGAGCACACGGUCACCUCCAACAGCUCCGUCAUCCACCGCCUGCCAGGCCAGGAUAACCUGUACGACGACCCGUACCAGCCGGAGAUGGAGCCCCAGAGUUCAUCGGCUGCCCGGCGCCGUGCAUACUGCCGCAACCGGGAUCAUUUCGCCACCAUCCGCACGGCCUCACUGGUAAGGGGCGGGGAGUGGGCUGAGAGGGGGUGUGCUGUGCUGGUGUAAGAGGAGCUGGGGUCCCCCACAAAGGUAAGGUGAGUUAGCAGGUGGGGCUGGUGGGCUCAGACUUGGGG